AUGGUCACCCCCCUGGUCAUCAACGACUACCCCCUCUCCCCGGCCGAGGCCACUCCCCAGCUGACAAUCAAUCACGAUGUGGCCGCCGACUUGGACUCGACGAAUGCCUUUGAAGGCCCUGAGAAGCUCCUCGAAGUUUGGUUCGCCCCUGGCCCGGACUCGCUCCCCGCCGGCGCUCAGCCCAACGGCCUGAAGGCAGUUUCCGCCGAGACCUGGGUUACUAUGCUCGACCUGGUCAACUGCAAGAUUCUCUCCGUUCUCGAGUCCGAAUCUGUCGACGCCUACCUCUUGUCCGAGUCCAGCUUGUUUGUCUUCCCUCACAAGCUUAUCCUCAAGACUUGCGGAACCACCACCCUGCUCCUGGGUUUGCACCGACUGCUUCACAUCGCUGCCGAACACGCCGGGUUUCCGUUUCACAACGCCGAGGAUGCGACCGAUAUGAAGGCUGCAGCGACCCCUUACCGCGUCUUCUACAGUCGCAAGAACUUCUUGUUCCCAGAUCGCCAGCAGGGCCCUCAUCGCAGCUGGCGGUCUGAGGUCGAGUACUUGGAUGGUCUUUUUGAGAGCGGCAGCGCCUACAUGGUUGGCAAGAUGAACGGUGACCAUUGGUACCUCUACAUCACUACGCCAAACAAGACGUUGACACCCCCUCGAACUCCCGACGAGAAGGAGUCGGUCCUGGGGUCCGCCUGCAAGAUCCCCACGGGCAGCGUGGCCAGCUUCAGCAGCGGCGUCGAGGAGCGCUGCGACGAGACUCUUGAGAUUCUCAUGACCGAUCUCGACCCUGAGAAUGCGAAGCAAUUCUACUUGUCGCACGCGAGUGCGGUUGCCACCGACAAGUCCCAUUUGCCGCAAACCCAGGCGGCCCGAGACAACGCCCACCAGAGCUUGGGCGACAUGUCACAGGUCCCCGAGAAGUCGGGCGGCGAGCAUGUCGACACCCUCGACAACACCUGCUGCUCGGGUCUCGAUGAAGACGACCGUGCCAUGACCGAGGCUCUGACCACAGAAGGCCAUGCCAUUGGUACCGUCGUCUCCGAGGCAUGUGGCCUAUCGAGUGUCUACCCUACCAGCAAGUACCCUGGUGCUCGUGUCGACGCAUACCUCUUCAGUCCAUGCGGAUUCUCCGCUAAUGGCGUAAUUCCCGCCAUUGCGGAUGACGAGGAUGUCCCCAACAGCGAGAAUGGCAGAAACGCCGCCCACUACUUCACUGUCCACGUGACCCCUGAGCCCAACUGCUCGUUCGCCUCUUUCGAGACCAAUGUUCCUGGGGGUCAGAGUGGCCGCACCACCGCUGAGAUCAUUGAGCACGUUGUCGACAUCUUCAAGCCUGGCCGCUUUAGCGUCACUCUCUUCGAGGCUAGGGGCAAAAGCGCCAACCCCUAUGGCAUGGGCGGCCACAUUUCUCCGGCGAGUCCCACUCAACGUCUAGUUGAUCCUGUCCGUGGAUACCGUCGCAUUGACCGUAUUGUCCACGACUUUGAGGAUUACGACCUUGUGUUCCGCUUCUACGAGAGGGACGACUGGUCGGGUGACCGUGAGGCUCGCCUGGGGGAAGUGAUGUAG